UCCCUCUUCAUGGAAAUAUUUAUUCAUAUGUUCUGUCCUUAGAGAGUUUUCUCUGAGCACACUAGAAACUUCCCCACGAUUAAUGCGCUAAAUGAUGCACAGUCCAGGCAUGAUCACUAGUGCAGCUGUGUUCAGGGAGUGGAGGCCUUCUUCACAGCAUCUCCAUACACCUGUAUGAAACUCAACCUUGAAGGGCUCUGGCCCCCUCCAGCCUUCAACUGCCAUCCUAGCACCACUGGUUGAUGGGGUCUGGCUCAGAACUCAAGUGCAUAACAAAGAAUCUCAUUACUGAACUUUGUUCUCAGUGAGAGCAAAUGGGUCAUCAUUGCCAUGUUUAAAUUAAUUUUAAACUGGUACACAAAAACCUAAAAAUUGUAUAUAUUAGUUGUGUUCUUUUCUGUUUACACAUUUGCAUUCUUCCUGCCCUUUUUAAAAUAGGUGUGGUGCUGUAGCUUUCCUCUUUUACCCUAAAAGUCAUUUGCUUAUAGACCUUGAGUUUAUCCCUAUCUUGAUUGCCAUCAUAUCAUGCAGUAGUCCUAGGAUGUUUUUCCAGCCAUUCCCAUGAGUCACAUUCUGUGUUUUUCUCAUAAACUUAGGCUCUUGUCAUGGUCAGUAACAGCUACAUGAUCUUGAUCAAAUGGCAAAACCUCUAUUUUAAACUUUCCAUGAUUAUAAACAGAAGAGGUCUAGGCAAUUCUUUCCAGCUCUGCCAUUCCGUAAUUGAUUUUAAGAUGGUUCAGAAUGAUCUAGAGCAAAGGAAAAAAUUCUUUUAAGUGUUCAGAUUCUGAACACUCUAGCCAUUGAAUAUUACAGUUUUUGUCUGGGUGUGUUUUGAGAUUUGUCUUCCUGUAUUGAUAAAUUGCUCUUAUUUAGGUUUGGUGCUCUCUUAUUGUGCUACUGUGAUAAGCUUAUAUAUGCUUACAGUUCAGAGAAGAGUCAUAAAGAAGUAGUACCAUAGGAAUCAAUACUCAUUUUCAGACCUCCCAAAUACUUGCUGAUUAUUACCUUGUGUCUUCCUGUGUCAUAGAAAGUAUUCCCCCAUUGAGUCAAUCAGUAAUUUCCUUUCAAGUGGCAUACUGAAUAUCUUUGUGUGGCAUCCUAUACCCAGUAUUUGAUUAUAUUUGAAGAGGUUUUAACAACGAUUAAAUUUUAAAAUAAAGUAGAAAAAAUGUAAGUGAGGAAAGCACACUGGGAUUUUUUUCUGUAGCAGUGCUUUCUUGGACACUCCUGGGUUAAAAAAAAUAACAGUUUCUCUUCCCCUGCACUGUGAGUGUUUUUAACGCCUUUCCUGCAUAAUCAUUUAUCAGAAUUUUGGGAAAUAUUCCAUUGUGAAGUAGCAGUAAAUUUUUUAUUCAUCUGUCAAGUAAUAGGAUUGGACAUAAGAUCUUUCCAGUUGUAGUAUUUUAUUAUUAGUUUUUCUUCCUAGAGGCUCCCCAAAACUGCCUCCAGAAGUGUGAUCACUCCUUAUUUAAGUGCUUUCUCACCAUGUUUCUUUGUAGGAUGGUAAAUUGAAAAAACCCAAGAAUAAAGAUAAAGAUAAAAAAGUUCCUGAGCCAGAUAACAAGAAAAAGAAGCCGAAGAAAGAAGAGGAGCAGAAGUGGAAAUGGUAACAUCUCACCACUGGGCUAAAAUGUGGGAAGAAGAGCGCUAUCCUGAAGGCAUCAAGUGGAAAUUCCUAGAACAUAAAGGUCCUGUAUUUGCUCCACCAUAUGAAUCUCUUCCAGACAAUGUCAAGUUUUACUAUGAUGGUAAAGUCAUGAAGCUGAGCCCCAAAGCAGAAGAAGUAGCUACAUUCUUUGCAAAAAUGCUGGACCAUGAAUAUACUACUAAGGAAAUAUUUAGGAAAAAUUUCUUUAAAGACUGGAGAAAGGAAAUGACUAAUGAAGAAAAGAAUACUAUCACCAGCCUAAGCAAAUGUGAUUUUAACCAGAUGAGCCAAUAUUUCAAAGCCCAGUCGGAAGCUCGGAAACAGAUGAGCAAAGAGGAGAAAUUGAAAAUCAAAGAAGAAAAUGAAAAGUUACUCAAAGAAUAUGGCUUCUGUAUUAUGGAUAACCACAGAGAGAGGAUUGCCAACUUCAAGAUAGAGCCUCCUGGGCUUUUCCGUGGCCGUGGAAACCACCCAAAAAUGGGCAUGCUGAAAAGAAGGAUCAUGCCUGAGGACAUAAUCAUCAACUGUAGCAAAGAUGCCAAGGUUCCUUCUCCUCCUCCAGGACAUAAGUGGAAAGAGGUCCGACAUGAUAACAAGGUUACUUGGCUGGUCUCCUGGACAGAGAACAUCCAAGGUUCCAUUAAAUACAUCAUGUUGAAUCCCAGUUCACGAAUCAAGGGUGAGAAAGACUGGCAAAAAUAUGAGACUGCUCGGCGACUGAAGAAGUGUGUAGAUAAGAUCCGAAACCAGUAUCGGGAAGACUGGAAGUCCAAAGAAAUGAAAGUCCGGCAGAGAGCUGUAGCCCUGUACUUCAUUGACAAGCUUGCUCUGAGAGCAGGCAAUGAGAAGGAAGAAGGAGAAACAGCUGACACCGUGGGUUGCUGUUCACUUCGAGUGGAGCACAUCAGCCUGCACCCAGAAUUGGAUGGUCAGGAAUAUGUAGUAGAGUUUGACUUCCUUGGGAAGGAUUCAAUCAGAUACUAUAACAAGGUUCCAGUUGAAAAACGAGUUUUUAAGAACUUGCAACUAUUUAUGGAGAACAAGCAGCCUGAGGAUGAUCUCUUUGAUAGACUCAAUACUGGUAUUCUAAAUAAGCAUCUUCAGGAUCUCAUGGAAGGCUUGACAGCCAAGGUGUUCCGCACAUACAAUGCCUCUAUCACGCUACAGCAGCAGCUAAAAGAACUGACAGCUCCGGAUGAAAACAUUCCAGCAAAGAUUCUUUCUUAUAACCGUGCCAAUCGAGCUGUUGCAAUUCUUUGUAACCAUCAGAGGGCACCACCAAAAACUUUUGAGAAGUCUAUGAUGAAUUUGCAGUCUAAGAUUGAUGCCAAAAAGGAUCAGUUAGCAGAUGCUCGAAGAGACCUGAAAAGUGCAAAGGCUGAUGCCAAAGUCAUGAAGGAUGCAAAGACCAAGAAGGUAGUAGAGUCAAAGAAGAAGGCUGUACAGAGACUGGAAGAGCAGUUGAUGAAGUUGGAAGUUCAGGCCACAGACCGGGAGGAGAAUAAACAAAUUGCCUUGGGAACCUCCAAACUCAAUUAUUUGGACCCUAGAAUCUCAGUGGCUUGGUGCAAGAAGUGGGGGGUCCCGAUCGAGAAAAUUUACAACAAAACCCAGCGGGAGAAGUUUGCGUGGGCCAUCGACAUGGCUGAUGAGGACUACGAGUUCUAGCCAGUCUCAAGGGGCAGGGUUCUGUGAAAAAGAGCAGUGUGGUUUGGGGAAGAUGGAUAAACUGUGAGCCUUGCUUGCCUUCAUACCUGAGGAAGAAAGGCAGCAAGUCUUAACAAACCAACAUCUUUGCAAAAAGAUAAACCUGGAGCUAUUAUAAGGGAGAGCUGAGCCAGUUGUCCUAUGGACAACUUAUUUAAAAAUAUUUCAGAUAUCAAAAUUCUAGCUGUAUGAUUUGUUUUGAAUUUUGUUUUUAUUUUCAAGAGGGCAAGUGGAUGGGAAUUUGUCAGCAUUCUGCCAGGCAAAUUCAGUUUUACUGAAGCAUUUGGAUCUCUUAGCUACUGUAUGCGAAGUCCGAUUAUAUUGGUGCGUUUUUACAGUUAGGGUUUUGCAAUAACUUCUAUAUUUUAAUAGAAACGAAUUCCUAAACUCCCUCCUUUCUCCCCCAUUUCAGGAAUUUAAAAUUAAGUAGAACAAAAACCCAGCGCACCUGUUACUCUAUUGUCAUGGGAAUCAGUUUUCAUUAAACUUGAAGCAGUCGUGACAUGGCAGUGUUUUGGUUCAGACACCUGUUCACAGAAAAGCAUGAUGGGAAAAUAUUUCCUGACUUGAGUGUUCCUUUUUAAAUGUGAAUUUUUAUUUCUUUUUAAUUAUUUUAAAAUAUUUAAACCUUUUUCUUGAUCUUAAAGAUCGUGUAGAUUGGGGUUGGGGAGGGAUGAAGGGCGAGUGAGUCUAAGGAUAAUGAAAUAAUCAGUGACUGAAACCAUUUUCCCAUCAUCCUUUGUUCUGAGCAUUCUUUGUACCCUUUAAGAUACUUAUCUACUUCUUUUUAAAACCCAGUCUUUCACUUGAGAGAUUCUAUGGUAUAAGAAGUUCCACAGGUCAGAAAAUUUAGAGGAAAAUGAGUAUUUGGUCCAAAAAAAAAAAAAAGAGAAAAUAAUCAAGAUUUUAGGGCUUUUAUUUUUUCUUUUGUAAUUGUGUAAAAAAUGGAGAAAAACCCAUAAAAAGCAGAAUUUUAAUGUGAAGACUUUUUUUGCUAUAAUCAUUAGUUUUAGAGGCAUUGUUAGUUUAGUGUGCGUGCAGAGUCCAUUUCCCACAUCUUUCCUCAAGUAUCUUCUAUUUUUAUCAUGAAUUCCCUUUUAAUCAACUGUAGGUUAUUUAAAAUAAAUUCCUACAACUUAAUG